AUGGGGACACUCAGUAACCUCCCAAUCGAGCUUAAGCUUGAGAUUAUGAAGAACCUUCCACAACAGGCUCUUGGGAACUUAUCUCAUUGCUCAAAAGAGUUCUACAAUCUCGCUCUGCCACUACGAUUCAAGGGUAUCAUCUUGAACGCUUCUGCUAUCAAGGCCUUCAGGAACGGUGGUUUGGGCGCAGAGGGACGGUACUCAAUCCGCUCUGUCUGCUUCAAGAGGCCUGGAGACUGGAGAUCUACAAAGAACCUCGAUGAACUCUGUCGCUCAAUCAGUGCUUUGAAAUUGUUUCCAAAUCUCAAGAAGCUAUCUGUAUCAUAUUCAGUACCCUCAUGCAUGGAGAGGAAUAUUUUUAUCUGUCUCCUGGACGGGGUCAUCGCUUGCAGCAGCAGAUUGGAAGACCUACAAAUCAAUGUCGUCGAGGUCGGUUCAGCACCAGGAGCCUAUCAAGUAUUCUACGAAGGGCUGUCCAAGUUAUCUCAGGACAUGCUGGGAGCUGUGAUCGAUGAUAAAAAUGUUUGGCAACAGUCAAUGAAAAAGUCAUCGCAAAUGGCGCUACCGGCCUUGGCCUCAGUCAAGCUAUUCCAUCCAUCGAUCAAUACUCCUCUACAGAACUUCAACAGUCCUGUUUGUCGCCUCAGGGGAUACUACUACACCAUUUUUGCGAUGGCAGAUGCGCCUAAACUCCGCGGGCUUGCCAUCAAGACAGACGCCCAUUUUGGAGAACUCACCCUAUCUCGCAGCAACGGAUAUAUUAGUGUCGGGCUUCUAUCAAAGUUCUCAAGAAUAACAGAUCUGGAAAUAUCCCAACCAAUUGCACCAACCGACUCGGAUACCGAGAUUCUUACGAUUAGAUUUCCAAAUCUCAAAAAGCUUUACAUCCAUGCCACGAACUCCCGGGCCCGAGAACUCGGCGCCAUACCGAAAGGUCCAUACGCCUCAAUAAUUAGGUUGCAGCGUUUGGAGUAUUUGUUUUUACCGUGGCCCACGCAUCCCCAACGGGGACUCAUGAGCGGUGAUGUCCUAAAAAGUAAAGUUCGAAGGUGGGCAAAAGAAGGUCUAGAUUUGAAGAGAGUUGAUUUUGAGGGCACCAGGAAAGUUGAGUGGAAAGAUAGAACUGAAUGGAAUCGUGCCUUAAUAACCUUUGUACCUUCACCUUUGGGAGGAGGUAUUUGGGAGGCCCAUGGGAGUACUUCUGCGCAGAGUCAUUCGGAUUUACGCGAUGACCCCGAUUUGCCCUACGAUAUGCCUAUGGACUAUGAUUUCGAUAUGCGUUUGGAAUCCACGGAAUAG